AUGGAGGACACAACCAAGGUCAGCAGAUAUCGUAUUGGUAUGUACAGUUUGCUAUCACCUGAUAGCACCUUGCUCCGAGUCAUCUCAAGGUGCACAAGGCCAGUACCUAUACGAGACGAUACAGUGUCUCUCUCUGCGUAUUACAUCACUAUGUACAUUGACUCAUGGAAGUACUCCAUAGGCGCCAUCGAACGUAAACGAUGCACAGACAGAUCAAGCUCAUAG